AAAGAUCCCAUUGUUUUCCCAGGGCUGCCUGGACUUUGUGCAGCUGGCCAGACCUUGCCUUCUCAGGGGGAAGGGAACCACAGCGGGAGUCAAGUGCAACAGAGAUUUAAUUUAUUGGAAAAAUAGUCUUUGCAUUUCACGCUAUGUUGUUUUUUCCAGCUUGAGGCACACUCUUCAAUAAGAGAAAUGAAGGUGUCUCAGCGUUCCCAAGAGUCCAGAUGGUAAGCAAAAUGCGCCGGGAGUCAGCACUGGGACGCCCAUGGACUGCUGCAGCCCGCCGGGCUCCUCCAUGUUCCUGAUCAUCCCGGUCUGUGUGGACAGUGUCAUGCUGGGCAGCCUCUUGAUGCUGCUGCGGUACGAACCCACCUGAGGAGCUGUGCCACCUGGGGUUAGUUGGACGAGCUCACCAGGCACGUGGUCUUCUGGAAAGAAGUGUUUACCAUGCCUCUGGGAACGUUUCUCCUUCCUGUUCUCUGUUUCUUGGGAGCAGCAAUUCCACGGGGACUGCAGUAUGUCACAUUCUCACGCAACACUACAAAAUUCCUCCACCUGUCCAUGGACUUGGAAUCUGGGACCAUUUAUUUGGGGGCCACCAACUUUCUCUUUCAGCUGACAUCUGACCUGCUGAUGGAGAACAUGGUUCAGACUGGACCAGUUCUGGACAGUAAGGAUUGCCUCCCCCCGGUCUCAAAGCUGGAGUGCCCCCAGGCACACCACACUGACAAUCACAACAAGCUGCUGCUGGUGAACGCAGAGCAGAAGGAGCUCAUCGUGUGUGGCAGCGUGCACCAGGGGAUCUGUGAGAAGAGGAGCCUUGCGUCCAUCGACCACGUCCUCUUCCGACCGGAGAGCCCUGGUGACACUCAAUAUGUUGCUGCCAAUGAUCCCAAUAUCACCACUGUGGGACUCAUAGCCUACUCAAAGGAUGAGGUCCCCUUGCUGUUUGUGGGACGAGGGUACACUAGCCGAGGAGUGGGAGGAGGAAUUCCUCCCAUCACUACUCGAAAUCUCAGGGCCCACGGAGGGGAUGUUCAAGCAACAGACUCUCACUCCAUUUUCUCCUAUGAAGAAACAGCAAAACUGGCUGUGGGCCGGCUCUCCGAGUACAACCAUCACUUCAUUAAAUCCUUCACUUACCGCUCGAGUGUCUAUUUCCUAUUCUACCGGCGGGACCUCAAAUCUCAGUCACGCGAGUACAAGACCUACAUCUCGCGCAUCUGCCUGGAUGACUCUCAUUACUACUCGUAUGUGGAGCUACCUCUGCUCUGCCAGAGCAAAGCCAAUACAUACAGCCUCCUGCAAGCAGCCUAUGUCACCCGGCCAGGAAAAGACCUGGCCCAGGGGCAGCUGGACACCGAGGGAGAAGUGCUGUUUGCUGCCUUCUCUGCCUGGCAGGCGUCUUCUGGGAAACUGAGCGAGGAGUCUGCGCUCUGUGCGUACGCCAUGGAGGAGGUGGAUCGCCUGACCAACUGGACUAGGGAUGUUUGCUACAUGAGAGAUGGGAAGUCAGAAGAAGGGACAGAAGUGGCAUAUAUUGAAUACGAUGUCAGCUCCAACUGUGUCCAGCUGCCAGCGGACACCCUGUAUGCCUACCCCUGUGGCUCUGACCACACUCCCAGCCCCAUGGCCAGCCGUGUACCCUUGGAAGCAGCUCCGCUCCUGGAGAAAACCGAGGCCCGUCUGACAGCUGUGGCAGUGAAUGUGGAAGAUGGCCACACCAUUGCUUUUCUGGGAGACAGCAGAGGGAGGCUGCACAAGGUGUACAUAGGAGCCAUGGGAGAUGCACAUGUAUACGCUUCGUUAGCUGUCCCGUCGAACAGCGUGGUGAGUGGAGACCUGCUGUUUGACCAGUUGCAGGAGCACCUCUUCGUCAUGACCCAGUCAAUGGUGGUAAAGGUUCCCAUAAUGGAAUGUUCCCUGUACUUGGACUGUGAAUCCUGUCUGGCACUGAAAGAUCCCUACUGUGGCUGGUGUGUCCUUCAGGGACGGUGCAGCCGUCGCUCCGAGUGCUUGCGGUCCAGGUUGAGUGAGCAGUGGCUCUGGAGCUUUAACUCUACCCAGCAGUGUCUGUCUGUCCAGUCACUAACUCCAGCCAAUAUCAGCAGGGAGGAAAAGAGAAAUAUAUUCUUGGCCAUCUCGGAUUUACCUUCUCUGCGUGAGGAAGAAUUUUACUCGUGUUACUUUGAAGAUUAUGAAAGCCCAGCAGUUCUGACAGAGUCAGGAAUCAUGUGUCCUUCUCCAGAUCCCAGCCAAGCACCAGCUUUGCCAACAGGAAAAGAUCAUGUCACCAUAAAGCUCGUAGUGCGUUUCCAUGACAUCUUCAUUGCUUCUGUGGACUUCUCUUUCUAUGACUGUGCUGCAGUGGCCCUGCUGUGGAAAUCGGCACCGUGUCAGAAGUGUGUGAGCAGUCUCUGGGGAUGUAACUGGUGCAUCCAGCAGCACCUCUGCACCCACAAAGCAGCCUGUGAGGAGGGAACCAUUAUCUACAAUGAAAGGGCCCAGAUUCCAUCCUCAAGUGUGUAUCCUUCUUCAGCCGCUCCCCUCACCAAGUCUUCUACCACAGCCCCAACCAUGGCCACAAAACCUGUCACUACCCCUGUGCAUGUGGGACCAAGCACUGAGGCCCCCACAGAGCCCAUCCACAUCACACCCUCUGCAGCCCCAGAUCCGAUGACUGAGCCUGUGGAAACCCUCAGCUACACGUACCUGACUCUCUCGACCGAAGCCGCCCCUCUCCAGGCCGCCACAGAAUCCCCGCUCCCACCACCAGCAGACAAACCUGCUGUCACUGUGCCAGAGACAACCUCUCCCGCUGCAUCUGUCCUCACCAGCCCAUCCAAAAAUGUGGAUCACGCAGCCCUGCCCACUGAAGGACCAGCCACAGCCCAGGAGCCACGGCACACCGACCCACCCACCACCCCCGUGGGUAGCCCCCUGCACACGUCUGCAGCUGCAGUAACACCUUCCUCUCCUGUCACCAGUUUCAAGUGGGCUCCAAGUCCUUUUCCUACCACAGAAGCACUGACAUUUGCCAUCCCAUCUCCCCAGACCCCCAGCCAGGUGCCAGGGAGCCCUGUUGCCUCUGAUGACUCUCCUGGAUUGCUGGGAACUGAACUAUCUGCUUCAGAGCUCCCACCAUCAGCUCCCCCGGAGUGGCUGCUGGAGGAAGGCACAGAACUCCAGGACACAGAGGACUGGAUGGAUUUGCUGCAGGCUGAGAAUGACACAUCUCUCUUCUCUGCUUCUACUCUUCUGUCGGGUGAUGGCGAUUCUUCAGAGAGGGAUGUCCCUGACUUUCCUCGGAUCCUUCACCCUGACCUUGAUUAUCAGUAUGAUGCCCCUGAGUUUUGGGAGGAGAAUGAAGAGCCUAGCUGGGGUCCAGAUGCAUGUCCCUGUGUGCAGGGAAUCCAGGGAUCUUCACUGUUUCCAGUCAACGUGGCGAGGAAGAUAACUCUGCUGGGAAAGAACUUCCACCUCUAUCAGGACCAGCAGUGGGACUAUGAGUGUGUCCUGAAUGUGGAGGGGAGGACAGUGGUGAUGGAUGCUUAUGUGGAAGGAGAUGAAACAAACCGGUCUCUCUGUUAUAUCACCUGCCAGAUGAACCAGUACAGUUACACAGCAUCUCAACUUGAAUUCAACGCUGUGGUGUUUGUACAGAGGCGACGACACCUUCGAGUGGACAGUGCUGCAGAUCUUCAUGUGACGUUUUACAACUGCUCUGUGGGACACACUGAUUGUAGCCGAUGCCAAACAGCUGACUCAAAGUACAACUGCGUGUGGUGUGGAGGUGACAACCCCAGCUGUAUCUUCAGGGGCUCUUGCAAGGAAGAAAUUGAAGACCUGUGUCCAGCACCUCUCAUUCACUCUGUGUACCCCCUGUCUGGACCAGUGGAAGGUGGCACUAGAAUCACCAUCACUGGCUCAAACCUCGGGCAGAAACAUCAAGACAUUGCAGAAACUGUCACUGUUGCAGGAAUUCCCUGUGCCGUAGAUGCUCAAGAGUAUGAGAUCUCUAGCAGUAUCGUGUGUGUCACUGGCGGGAGCUGGACAGAGAGAUUUGGGCAUAUCGUGGUGGAAGUGCCUGGAGGAGGACGAGGCGUUUCUGGGCAUGUUUUCACCUAUCAGAACCCAGAGCUGAAAUCCAUUGUUCCAACUCAGGGCCCCAAAGCAGGAGGAACCUGCCUUACCCUUCUGGGCUCAAAGCUGCUGACUGGGCAUCCUAACGAGAUCAGUGUCCUGCUUGGAGACCUCCCUUGCCAAAUCCUCUCUGAGAUGACAGAGGAUCAGCUGGCAUGCCAGACGAGUCCCAGCAAUGUGUCCGCAGAACUCCCAGUCACCAUCAAAUAUGGGGACCAAGAGCGGAGACUGGAAGGAUCCCUCUUCAGAUAUACUCUGGAUCCCAACAUCACUUUUGCAGAGCCACCUAAAAGCUUCCUCAGUGGAGGGAGAGUGCUCAGAGUUCAUGGAUACAACUUAGAUGUUGUACAGAAACCCAAGAUCCGAGUUACAGUUUCUCCAUCCGAACGCCGGCGCAGAGGAGCCGGACGAUGGCGCAGAAUCAUCCCAGACUCGGAGUGCCCUGAGGAUGCUCUGUGCAGCAUCCAGCAGUUUGAAGAGCCAUGUCUUGUUAACUCCUCUUACCUGAUCCUGUGCAAAACUCCAGCCAUUAACCUGCUGUUGAGGAGUGUCCGUAUCAAACUGGAAUUUAUUCUGGAUAAUCUGAGCUUUGAUUUCAAUUCACUGCAUCCCAUACCCUUCUCUUAUGAAGUCAAUCCUGUCCUAAAACCACUGAAUGCUGAGGAUCCUGCCAAACCAUAUCGUCACAAGCCAGGAAGUGUCAUCUCUGUGGAGGGGGAAAAUCUAGAUCUGGCUAUUUCCAAGGAUGAAGUAAUGGCUAUGAUUGGGGAAGGAAUCUGUGUGGUGAAGACUCUAACAAGGAAUCAUCUCUACUGUGAGCCCCCCUCCGAGCAGCCAGCUCCACGGCACCGCACAAAGCGGGAGGGCACGGACUUGCUCCCAGAGUUCACGGUACAGAUGGGAAACCUGAACUUCCUCCUGGGCCGAGUGCAGUACGACACGGAGAGCCAGCUCACCUUCCCACUGGAGGCACAGAUUGGUUUGGGUGUUGGUGCUUCCUUUGUGGCUCUGAUUGUUCUGGUCAUCGUCUUCAUAUACAGGAGGAAGAGCAAACAGGCUCUGAGGGAUUACAAGAAAGUUCAAAUCCAGCUGGAAAAUCUGGAAACAAGUGUUCGGGACAGAUGCAAAAAGGAAUUCACAGACCUGAUGACUGAGAUGAUGGACCUCACAAGUGACCUUGUGGGCACAGGGAUCCCCUUCCUGGACUACAAGUCCUAUGCAGAACGCAUUUUCUUCCCGGGCCAUCGUGAGUCACCGCUGCAAAGGGACCUGGACAUCCCUGAGUGCCGGCGGCAAACAGUGGAGCAGGGCUUGGUCCAGCUCUCCAACCUGCUCAACAGCAAGCUUUUCCUCACUAAGUUCAUCCACACUCUGGAAAUCCAGCGCACUUUCUCUCCGAGAGACCGGGCCUAUGUGGCAUCACUGCUCACGGUGUCACUGCAUGGGAAGCUGGAGUACUUCACUGACAUCCUCAAAACGCUCCUGAAUGACCUCGUGGAGCAGUACGUGGCCAAGAACCCCAAGCUGAUGCUGCGGAGGACAGAAACAGUGGUAGAGAAGCUGUUAACCAACUGGAUGUCCAUCUGCCUGUACGCCUUUGUGAGGGAUUCUGUUGGGGAGCCCCUUUACAUGCUAUUUCGAGGAAUCAAGCACCAGGUGGACAAAGGGCCAGUUGACUGGGUGACAGGGAAAGCCAAAUAUACCCUGAAUGACAACCGCCUUCUGAGAGAGGACCUGGAGUACCGGACUCUGACCUUAAAUGCUUUGACACAAGCAGGAGUUGGUGCAGGAGGGGCAGAAGACUCCCAAGGGAUUUCUGCAAAAGUGCUGGACUGUGAUACCAUAACACAGGUGAAGGAGAAAAUCCUAGAUCAGAUCUACAAAGGGACACCAUACUGCCACCGGCCAGACCCAGACACCCUGGACCUCGAGUGGAGAUCAGGGCUGGCAGGACAUCUGAUACUGUCCGAUGAGGAUGUGACAUCUGUUGUUCAAGGGACUUGGAAACGUCUGAACACUCUUCAGCAUUACAAGGUGCCUGAUGGAGCAACAGUAGCACUGGUCCCACGCCUGACAAAGCACAUCCAUAGGGAGAAUCAGGAUUACAUCCCAGGAGAGAAAACACCAAUGCUGGAGGAUGCAGAUGAAGGUGGGAUCAAACUUUGGCACCUCGUAAAACCAACAGAAGAGCCAGAGCUUCCCAAGCAUCGGCGUGGGAGCUUAAGAGAUCGGGAGCGAGCCAAGGCAAUCCCGGAGAUCUAUCUGACACGUCUGCUCUCAAUGAAGGGCACUUUGCAGAAGUUUGUGGAUGACUUGUUCCAGGUGAUCCUCAGCACCAACCGCCCUGUCCCUCUGGCAGUCAAAUACUUCUUUGAUCUCUUAGAUGAGCAGGCCAUACACUAUGGGAUUUCAGACCCUGAAACCAUCCAUAUCUGGAAGACAAACAGCCUGCCCCUGCGGUUCUGGAUCAACAUCAUCAAGAAUCCCCAGUUUGUCUUUGAUGUGCAGACGUCGGAUAAUGUAGAUGCUGUGCUGCUGGUCAUUGCACAGACCUUCAUGGACUCCUGUACAAUAGCUGACCAUAAGUUAGGGCGGGACUCUCCGAUCAAUAAGCUGCUUUAUGCCCGGGACAUUCCUCGCUACAAGCAGAUGGUGGAAAGGUAUUAUGCGGACAUUCGUCAGACCAUCUCUGCCAGUGACCAGGAGAUGAACUCUGCCCUGGCUGAGCUAUCACGGAAUUACUCAGGUGACCUCAAUUCCCUGGUGGCUCUACAUGAAUUGUACAAAUACAUCAAUAAGUACUAUGACCAGAUCAUUACUGCCUUGGAAGAAGACCCAACGGCACAGAAGAUGCAGCUCGGAUAUAGACUGCAACAGAUUGCAGCAGCUGUGGAGAAUAAAGUCACAGAUUUGUGACAGGCACAGACAGACUGCUCUCCCCUGGCUGAACGGGGACAGUGCUCAUCCUAGUUUAUACACAGGGUGUCCUGCUGCCAUUGGAACCAGACUGUCCAAGGAACCUGCGGGUGACAUUAGCAGGAAUGGCCAAGGCAGUACAAAGUACAAGCGUCCUUGCAUCUCAGAGAAUAUUUUUUUACAGCUUUUUUUUUUCUUUUUAAAAGCGAAACAAAACAAAACAAAAAAGGACAAACUUUGUUUUUUCCCUGGCAGAGACUGUUGCGGGGCCACACAGGUCCUUCCUACAGACGUUACGUGAAUGUGCCAAGUUUCCAAACCACGUUGUUGAAGAGCCAGGUGACAACACGGAGCACUGUGUCUGUGGAGUCCAUGGAUGCCCUUGCCAGUGCUGGGACACUCCCUGCUGCACCUGCUCACUUCAGUGGGGAUCAGGAAGCUUUCCCUGGGCUGACUGUUGUGCUAACCUCUGUCCCCAGCUAGCGAGCACUUCUGUGGUGUCCUACCUGAGAAACUCCUGACAGCAAUGCCCCUGCUUGUUCCGGAUGUUGGAUGUGGGAAGGAGAUGUCCAAAGGCAAAGGUCUCUUGCUCCCCAGUGCUCUGGUCUCUGACAGCUCAUGUGUGGCACCUGCUUGGCUGUAACAUGCUCCCCAGCAUGUGUGCUUGCCCAGGGGGCCACUAUAGAUGAACAGCACCCCCUCACCCUUCCCCUCAGGACAAAUUCAGCAUGUGAGAGUUGCUGCCUGGCUUGCCUCGGUGUCCACUGACCCAACUCGGAUCUGUCUUCCUGGUUCCUUGUGGUCAGAGGUUGCCCUGCUCUUUGGAAAAGCACAACAAAUUCCUUGUGCCACUCCCCCUUCCUUUGGUGUCCAGCUGUUCUGCUGCUCUGAACUGGACUUGUAAAUACCCUCAGAAAGUUAAUGUAUUUAAAUGCUAAAGGAGAAUGUUUAACUUUGUGGCUUUGAGACAAAGCUUUUCUUGGAGAAGUAUCUCUGUGCACUUCUACUGACAAACGUCUGUCAGCACUGGAGCAGUUUUCUCCACUGCUUUGUCUGCAGGGAUAACUCAUAGGUGUCUCCGUUGUCGUACCAGCAGCUCGCUGUUCCCCAUGGAUCAGUUCCAGACUCUCUGUGUGCUCUUCUGUUAGGCUUGCCUUACACCUUAUUCUCAGCUCCACUUCCCAAACUCUCCUAUCAUGGCACAUACAAGAGUUAUUUGGGGAGCUGUAAACUUCAAGGAGCUGUGAAGCACAACUGCGUUGUUCCCAAGGAGGGUCAGGUGUCCUGCAAAUGGGAAUGAUUCUUGUAUGGAAGGAGAGGCUGGAGCAGGCGCAAGCACAGUUAGUUGGCAGCUGUCAUGGGGCAGCUCCUCACUGCUCCUUCCUUAGUUCCUCCACUUUGUGAAGAGAGUCCUCUGCCCUUCUGGGAGUCAAUCUCUAUUUAUAGGGGUGCCCUACUCAUUCUCUUCCUCCUCUGCUGCUAAUUCCACACUGAUGUCCUGCAUUCCUAGGGCAGGUAGACAGGUCUGACUCCUCUGUCACUUCCCUGAGGUGGUGAUUGUGUGGGCCAGGAGAUAGCAGAGCUAGCACAGGGCAGGAUCAUGUCCCUGCCUCUCUUUACAUUGCAUAUAGCAGUAAUUCCAGCCCUGUCCCAUCAGCCCUGUGGCUUUGUGCAAGUGCUGUGCAGUUGCAAAACUGUUCUUGGAGCAGUAUAAAACAGGCUGAUGCUGGCCUCUCUUCCUACACAGCCAGCUCUCCUGUGACCCUCUCUCAGCAGUAUUCCCAGGUACUCUGUGUGCUGAGCAUGACCAACAUCCCUGUGUCACCUUCUGCUGCCAUCCUGCUGUACAGAGCAGUAGGGUAGCUGGCUGGCUGCUGCCAAGCAGAAAGGGGGGGUCAGAGUUUGCCUCUCUUCCUUGAGGUGAUGACCAGCUUGAAUCUCACUCCUGCCUGACCACCCAUUUCCACAAAAUUUACAGGAACUUAGCAUCUCUAAAACCUUUGUCCUGACUAAAUCUGGUUAAAUUGGCCCCAGAAAAGCUGGGUGGAGGAAAGGAUUGGAAAAAGCCAACACAAUGCACGUAAAGCCCAUUCCAUUAGGAACUGCAGGAGACGAUUCCCUGGUUUGAGGCAGGUGCAGGUAUAGUGGUGGAGUAGCAUCAUCCCCUUGUGUGUUGGUGGAUGGACUUUCUGCCCCAGGCAGCAAGGCCUAGUUUUUGGCCUCUCCAGCUCACUGAGUGUCUGGCAGGAGCCACAGGCUCUCUGCUGGAUUUCUGGCUCUGCAGACUGGUAAUGUCUGCCCCUAUUUUUGCAGAAUUAUCUCUGCGCUUUCCCAGAACAGGGUGGCUUGAGGCUUAAUUCUCAAUCCACCUCACGCUGGCAUCCACAUCCUCCUUGCUUCUCAGUAGUGCUUCUGGAUGUUGGAAGUGAUCUGCUUUCUCCCAGUGUAUCUGUGAAAGUCUGCUUUUAUUAGAGCAAUAAUGAAGAGCUAAAAAUAGAGUUAAACAUAGGUGAUUGACUUAUUUAACAUCUUCAGCUUGUCCUUGCAUGGCUGGAUAGGAGACACUGCCCGGCACAGGUGCAGUGAGGGUGGAAAGCUGGUAGUGCCCAUCUCUUCCCAUUCCAUCUGUCCUCGGUGUUCUCGAUACCAGCAUCCUCCUCCCCUGCAGACAUGCACUGAAGGCCCCUCGCUGAGAUCAACUUGGGUAUUUAGGCAUGGCCCCUCUUCUCUCCGUCCAUGCCCCUCUCCUGUGGCAAAAUCCAUUACUACGACAGGGUUCUGUUGCAUUUAAAUUUGCACAAAACAGGUUUUGUUAUGAAAUUCCCUAUUGCAGGGAAGACUUAUUUAUUUAUUCCUUGCGAUCCUUCUAAGUUUUCUCCAGUCUCUGCCUGAUUCCACAACCAGCUUGUCAGACACUCUGGAGAUGAAUGUUCCUGCUCAAGGACAGAGAAUUCUCACUGGGUGUUCCCGUUUGACUACAGGUAGCAAGUUCUGUGGGCACCAGCAGGGAGAGCCCUGCCACCACAGCCAGUCCCCUCCUGCGGGAUACAGGCACAGUGAGGGGAUGUGGCUGCUCCAAUGGGACCCUCAGAACAGUGAUGAGUGGCAGGCAUCUAGCUUUAUUUAGUACUGCAGUCAGAGAGAGGAACUUGCUUCUGCCCUGGUCUGGGUGAAAGGCUGAGAACUGAUCAGUAUUAAGAUAAAUCUCCGUUAGUGUAUUUGAAUGUCUCUCCUGUUGGCAUGACGAAGCGUAGCUGGCACGCACGUGAUGUAGAUGUGAGAGCUCUUGCUUUCAUCUGUCUGGUGGCAAAUUUAGGCUGUACCUGAGAGGUUUUGUGUGUUUGUAGAAAUGAUGGCUAAUUUUUUUUUAAAUGAAAAUAGAGGGUUCUCGGAUGCUGCUGCCUCGGUGGAAUGCCGUUUCUUUUUCAGGGUGUGCCCCAGUUGCAGCCAGAUGCUGCUUUUUUUUGUGUGUGUGUGUGCCUUUCUUGUGGGGAUGAUUCUUUUGGUUUCCAGAACACCCAGGGCAUUUGCUCUAGUCUUUUUCCCAGUCCUCUGUCCUGGUGACUCUGCUCUCUCCCAGCCUUGUGACUUGGUGUCUGUCUGUUAAGGUAUGGCCUGACCUGCAUUUAUGCCCUGCCACACCUUGAGUUCUGCUCAGAGCACCCAAGGUACUGUCUUUCUCAAAUUGGAAUUAAUAAUUAAUAUAAAAAGCUUGAAAAAAAUCUGAAUUUUGUUACAUAGUGUAAUAACUGUUUGUAGAUACUGUUCUGAGAUGUAGGAAUCUAUUGGUGAUAUAAGAGGUUUUGUCUGUAAAUAAUCAGUUUAGAGUCCAAAUGAUUUUAAUAAAGAGAAUUCUUACACAAUAAUUCAAUAAAUUUUAAUAUACAA